UUUGUGUAAUAAUGUCCCAUAAUAUUUAUUUAUUAUUUUAUUUUAUUAACAUUUUAAUUUGUUCUAGGUCUUCAGAUUCAGAAUUUGAAAGCAUUGCUUCCAUUAGCAACACAGCAACGGGUACAAAGGCGAAUAAAGAAAAAAGACAAAAAAGAAAACCUGAUGCUUCAGGGAUCGAUUCGGAGGUGGAGUUCGAGGAAACGACGAAACAGAAAAAAGUGAAAAAGACCCCAAAACCAAAAUCGAACAGAACGCCCUCCACCGCCGCACCAAACAAGAAGGUUUCGAAGAACGGCAACCCGUUCGAGCUAUUUCCUGAAGAUGAAGACUUAGAGGCGUCCUCGGCAUCGCUGCUAGACUCCUCUAUCGUUCAACGGGUGGCCAACGGUCUGACGAAACGGACACUCGAGCUCGAUGGUAAACUUUAUCACUCACUCACUGACCGACCGAUCAUCAAAACUCUAAGGCACUUCUAGCAGACAUAGAAGCUUCAAAUUUAUAAUACAAUUACCCCCUUAUUCAUAAACGUCUACUAAAAUUACGAUGCCGCUAAUCAUCGUUUGUCCCUUUCCGACGAAUUGGUAUGAUGUCAAACAAAAUAUAUAAAAAUAAUUCAGCUCAGCAUAAAGAACCGGGAGAACCGGGAAUCCCGGUACCGGCUCCGACCCGGUACCGGGAAAUGAAAAACUAGGAACCGGUCCCGGGACUGCACGCCCUAGUCCUGGUGUCGAAGAAAACACCGGUGUGAAGUUAGCGGCCAAAGUUAUCGGCCAACGAUAACCCGACCAAAUUAAGAAGUUAACACUUUUAAUACGUGUACUUCCAUAAAAAGCGGCCAAGUGCGAGUCGGACUCGCGCAUGAAGGGUUCCGUACCAUUUAAGACGUAUUAAAAAAAAAUCUACUUGCUAGAUCUUGUUCAACAUUUUACCACUUUGGACACACAUUUUACCACUUUGGAACUGUCUCUCGCGCAAACUAUUCAGUUUAGAAAAAAAUGAUGUUAGGAACCUAAAUAUCAUUUUUGAAGACCUAUCCAUAGAUACCCCACACGUAUGGGUUUGAUGAAAAAAAAUUUUUUUUAAUUUAUUGACGUAUUAAAAAAAAACUAUUCACUAGAUCUCGUUCAAACCAAUUUUCGGUGGAAGUUUGCAUGGUAAUGUAUAUCAUAUAUUUUUUUUAGAUUUUUCAUUCUGUUAUUUUAGAAGUUACAGGGGGGGGGGACACACAUUUUUUCACUUUGGAAGUGUCUCUCGCGCAAACUAUUCAGUUUAGAAAAAAAUGAUAUUAGAAACCUAAAUAUCAUUUUUGAAGACCUAUCCAUAGAUACCCCACACGUAUGGGUUUGAUGAAAAAAAAUUUUUUUUUAAAUUUUUAUGACGUAUUAAAAAAAAACUACUUACUAGAUCUCGUUCGAACCAAUUUUCGGUGGAAGUUUGCAUGGCAAUGUAUAUCAUAUAUUUUUUUUAGAUUUUUCAUUCUGUUAUUUUAGAAGUUACAGGGGGGGGGACACACAUUUUUUUACUUUGGAAGUGUCUCUCGCGCAAACUAUUCAGUUUAGAAAAAAAUGAUAUUAGAAACCUAAAUAUCAUUUUGGAAGACCUAUCCAUAGAUACCCCACACGUAUGGGUUUGAUGAAAAGAAAUUUUUUUUUAAAUUUUUAUGACGUAUUAAAAAAAAACUACUUACUAGAUCUCGUUCGAACUAAUUUUCGGUGGAAGUUUGCAUGGCAAUGUAUAUCAUAUAUUUUUUUUUGAUUUUUCAUUCUGUUAUUUUAGAAGUUACGGGGGGGGGGACACACUUUUUACCACUUUGGAAGUGUCUCUCGCGCAAACUUUUCAGUUUAGAAAAAAAUGAUAUUAGAAACCUCAAUAUCAUUUUUAAAGACCUAUCCAUAGAUACCCCACACGUAUGAGUUUGAUGAAAAAAGAUUUUUUGAGUUUCAGUUCUAAGUAUGGGGAACCCCCAAAAUUUAUUGUUUUUUUUCUAUUUUUGUGUGAACAUCAUAAUGCGGUUCAUAGAAUACAUCUACUUACCAAGUUUGAACAGUAUAGCUUUUAUAGUUUCGGAAAAAAGUGGCUGUGACAGAAUCGGACAGACAGACGGACAUGACGAAUCUAUAAGGGUUCCGUUUUUUGCCAUUUGGCUACGGAACCCUAAAAAAGAGCUUAAGUGGGAUAUUAAUAGGUCAAUGGUGAAGAAAAAAGUGGGGCUUUAUACAAAUAAUAGCGUAUCACGAUAAAUUUUACCAACUAGGUAUCAAAAAUGACUUGAACAGACACCAACAUUACGUACUACACAAGUUAACUAUAAACGCAUUUAAAGUCAUAAAGACGCUUCAAAUCUAUUAUUCACAGAAGAUGUUGAUUAAAUCCUCACAUUUACUGUUUACAAAAUACACUUACCAUGAUUAUUAGAGUUUUUGUUAAACAAAUGUAAGAUUCUAAGCAUACAAAACUAAAUUAAAACCUUUUCUAAACAGAAAGACAUUUUCUAAUUGAUACCAACAAUAAAGAGUUAUUUUUUUUAAAUAAAAAUGCAUUCAGAACCGGCUUUCCUUGCUAUAUAUAGAUAUUGCAACUGAAUAAUAGUAAGCGGCGCAACGAUUCUGAAAAUAUUUGUUUAAAAGUUGACACAAUUCUAGAUUAUGAAAAGUUAUUAUUACAUCAAUGUAAACCGAUAAUCAAGAGCAUUUGUCGAAAUAUUUAAAAUAAAAUAAAAAACGCUUUUCAAAGUCGAUUCCCGAAA